AUGGCUAGACGGAGAGUUAAAAAGACGGUAAAAGAAUCUGCCCCAAGUAAACAGGAGAAUCAGCCCCAAAUUGAAGAACCCAAACAAUGCCCAUCAAUCGACCAAGAAGUGGAGCGUCAAAUUGCUGCAAUUAGGGCAAUGCGUGAUGUGGGAAUCGAGCAUUUGCUAACAGAAUUGCGGUUGCUGCGCUCGUAUUUUAGCAAGGAACAGCUCAAAACACCUUGUUUGCGGUUUUUUAAAGAAAACCUGCCCAACUUGUCUAUCGAAAGAAAUGAGGAAAAUGGAGAGUUUUUUGUAAAGUGGAAUGACAUUGUUGAUGAUUUAUCCGACGGGGGAAAUAUAAAUGCUUCUCUGUUUCGUCGUUUGUCCUUGGCCUAUCCUAGUUGUUCUGGAAACUUAUCUGUUGGUUGUUUUGGAUUAUCAAGCGAUGCAGUGAAAACAAGCAUCUUUGGCGCUUCUGAUAAUUUGAAGAUGACGGACUUUGUUUUGGAGGCUCAAUCGGAUUCUCAGAUGCUUGGGAUGCAUGAUGGUCUCCGAACUCCUGGGGUUAGCAGUCAGAGGCUGUCCAUUGGGAUGACACCAAAAUCUCUAAGGCUGCCUAAACCUGGUGAAAUGCUUCUCUCUGUCCGAGGUUCACCUCUUGGUGUCUACAAGGAAGAUAACAUGGAAGCCAUAAAUGGUAUGCUUUUGAUGCAAAAGUGUAGUCCCUGUCAUAGUAUUCUGCAAGAUAUGAUAUACAUACUGUAUGGAUGA